UUUUCCUUCAGUUACUGUCAAAUUCUGGUCCAUAUGUGUGUUUUAGGGAUUCCUUUAACGACCAGCCAAAAUUCACCAAGUCCUAAGAAGCUCAGUAUUGUCCCAGACAACACCUCGUACGUUACCCCUAGUUCACACAGUAGUCCUUCCAAGAUCCUGUCUUCAAAAUAUGAACUGGAGAUUGAGACCACCAGAAAACCGGGUACUUUUUCAGGAAAAGAUCAGAUUGAAAACAUCUUGGAAGAAUAUGCACAGCAAGUCAGAGACCUGCAGAAGAAGCUAAGUGAAAGUACAGAACAAAAUGAGAAACAGAAAUUCACAUUAAGGCAAUCAAUUAUUGAGCUGCAGGCAAGUCUUCAGGAUGUGAUGAGAGAGAAAGACUCCAUUAAUGAACUAAGACGAAAGGAAUCUCAAACGCAAGAAGAUCUCAGUAGCAGGCUGAGGGGUACGGUUGAUGAACUGCAGACAGCCAGCCUACUUCAGGAGGAAAUGCUGAAAGAAUCCAAUUGCCAGGUUGAACAUCUGAAAAAGUUGGUACAGGUCCAUGAAGAUGUGUUCAAGGAACUCCGAAAUCUUCUCCUGCAUUACGAAGACAGUUUGGACAGGAAGACGCAUGACUAUGAAGGCAUUGCCAGUCUCCAUAUCUGCAGCCUGCCCUCUGCUUUUACCACGAUUCUUCGGGAUUUGGAAACAGAGGUGUUGCGUUUGAAAACAAGGCUUUCCCCACUGGAACAGCAAAUAGAAAUGAUGAAGAGAGAAUCACAGUCUAAAACUGAAGUUCUGCUUCAACAGCAUCAGGACAGCAUUGAGAGGCUGAUCAGUGAACAUGAACAGGAACUGGAAGCACUGAGUGAGGCAGCUAAGGCUUCUCACAGCCAUGCCAGCAAUAUUCAAAGCCAGAUGGAAAUCAUUCAAGAACAAGCAAGGAAUCAGAGUUCUUUGUAUACGCGCCAGAUCAGUCAGCUGGAGAGUAUGGUUUCCCAGCUGCACUCUGAAGUACAGGAAUCAAGAAGAAUGUCCCACGAUAAGACAGAAGAUCUGGAGAAGCAGCUGCAUCUGGUUCACUCUGAGAUGGUUGAGGGUCAGAAUGAAAGGGAUCUAUACAGCCAAGAAACUGGAAACUUAGAUGAUCAGGUUCAGCAAUUGUUGACUGAGCUCCACAAGAAAGAUGCAGAGCUGAGUCUGGAAAAGGAGCAGAAUAGGAGGCUCUGGGAUCGGGACACAGAGAGCAGCAUCACCAUUGACCAUCUGCAAAGAGAGCUGGAGAACAAAAACACGGAGCUGCAGCGCAUGGACUCCAUUGUGAAGUCCUUGCAGAUGGAGUGUCAAGGGCAAAUGGAAAGUCAGAUGUCUGCAAUUAGAGAGAAGAAUGAAAGCUUAGAGAGGGUCUCCUCUCUCACUGCCCAGCAAGAGUCAACCAAAGAAAUGCUCCAUAAAGUUGUCGAAGAACUGACUGGAAAAAACGUAAGCUUGGAGUCUGCAGAGAGGCAAAUAUAUGAUCUGACAUCCUCCCUGAAGGAGAAGGAAAAAGUGAUUGAGCUGACCAAUGAGGAGAUCCAGAAGCUCCGUGGGCGGGUGGAUAGCAAAUUGGAGGAACUCCAGCAACUAAAAAGUGAAAGCGAUCACUUGAGAAGUGUGCAGUCCGACUGUGAGUCCCUGAAGAUACAGCUGAUGGAAAAGGAGAAGGUGAUUGAGAUCCUCCAGAAGCAAAUCGAGAGCAUGACCGAGAUUGUAGGGCAACAUGGCCGGACAGCUGGCGUGAUGGAGACGGAAAAGUCUCAGCUCUUAAAAGAAGUCAACGAUAAGAAGCUGGAGCUCCAGGAACUGAAGAUUCUGCAAGACAAGAAAGAUAACCGGAUUCGCGAGUUGGAGGCCAGCCUGAGUGACGUGGAAUUAGAAAAGGUAAAGCUGACGAACGUGUGCACUGAGAGGCUCCGGGUCCUGAAAGAGAUGAAACUGGAAAGAGAAGAACUUGUGAACGAAAUCAAAACCAGUCGCAUUGAGCUCACUGCUCUAGCAGAGGAAGCAGAAGUUAUAAAGUGUGACUACCAAGAGAAAAAUGAAGAUAUGGAAGCAACUGUGAGCAAACUGAAAAUGCAGCUGAAAUCGACUCAGAUUGAAUUGGAGCAAACCAGAGCCACCUUAAAGACUAUGGAGGGGUCUGAUGGCCAUGCAAUGAAAGUUGCAAUGGGGAUGCAAAAGCAAAUUACAGCCAAACGAGGACAGAUCGAUGCUUUGCAGAGCAAGAUUAAGUUCUUAGAGGAGGCAAUGACUAAUGCAACUAAGGAAAAGCAUUAUCUGAAAGAAGAGAGGAACCGAUUAAGCCAGGAGCUGACCUAUAUGGCUAGUUUAAACAACAAAUUGGCUGGAGAAUUAGAAAUCCUAAGGUCACAGGAUAAACGUUUGAAAGAAAAACUUGUGAUAAUGGAAGCUGCUCUAGAUAAAGCAUCUCUGCAGUUUGCAGAAUGUCAGUGCAUCAUUCAGCGUCAGGAGCAGGAAAUUACGCGUUUCAAGCUUCAGCACACUUUAGAUGUAAAAGAGCUGCAGGGACCAGGAUACACACUGGGUUCCUCUUUGAUGAAGCAGCGCCAUUCAAGCUGGCCUCACUCAUCCGGUGUACCAUCAUCUCAAGCUUUUGCAGGCCACAUCUCUAUUACGUCAUCCAAACGCUACACCAAGGAGGAUCCAUUGCGAGAUUUGAAACAGCUUCUUCAGGAAUUACGAAGUACAAUUAAUGAAAUACCUUCUGCGAUUCUUCCCAGAACAGAAAGUGACAGUGAGAGCGACUCUGCAGAAGGCAUGAGCAAUAUGCUAGACUUUCCUAGCAGAGAAAGCCUUGGCAGAAGAUCACAUGACCCCUGCAGGGAGGCUGCAGUCAGAGAUUUGCCUUCAGAGACGGCCGUGGGGCAAGACACAUUUAGCAGGGAUGCAUUAAGAUUACGUACUGCGGAUCAUGAAGAUCAAAACACAACUUUCUCUUUUACAUCCAGGGUGUCCCAAAUGAUCUCUACUCCUCGUACCUCUUCAAAGAAACCGUCCUCAAACGAGCGAUACAAAGAUAGGUCUCCUGUGCAUUCCUUGCUAACUACUCCAUUGGAUGACCUUAAGGCAACUCCUACACCCUCCUUGGAACGGCGGUCAAGUCUAAAGAAGGACAGCUCCCCAGAAGCUACAACUUCAACUUCUGGUCGAAGUGUUUCCUUCAGCACCCCUUCUUCGAUUCAGAUUGGGGAAGCCAGUGGAAGUGCCUGCAGGAAAUUACAGAGUAAGGUGGACAAUCUGCAAAACCUUAUGGAGACAAUGCAAUUGAAAAGCCAAGCAAUGUCAACAAUGAUCAGAUGUCAGGAAAAGAAAAUAGAGCAAGCAAAGGAAAAAGAGAAGAAGCUCUCUAAAUGAAUAUGGGUAUGGUUUUUAAUCACUCAAGAAGUAUCGAGAUUGCACCUCACUGAAUGGAAUGUUAUAAGCCUCCUGUUCUUGC